UAUAUUGCUUCUAAUCUACAGUACUUUUCCAUGUUAGAAAAUGACGGGAGAUGAUAGAAAUACAACAACGCUGUUGUCAUCGCUGUUCGUCUUGUAUCCUAAGAAAACCACUGCACAGGUUACACUUACAAAUAAAGAAGUCAUAAUAGAAAUUGACCAGGACAAGAAUAAAUAUACUGAAAAAAUAUCAUUGGACGAUGUAAUAGGUUGUCAUGUACUGGAGGGAAACCACACCACAGGUUGUGAUUGGUACCUCUGCAUAUUUUCCUAUCCUUUAAAAAAGAAGUUGUUUAAGGGAAUGAUAAGGCACAGAAUCACAAGGUCACUGGGUAUUAUUUCAAGCAAGGACAGAAACAAUAACAAAGAAAUCGCAGAAAAAUGGAAAUGUGUUAUCAAGUAUUUAAUAUCAGGAAAAACUGUCACAAAAUCGGAAGUUGAAUCUGUGGUAGAAUUACCUUCGAGGCGAUACAUAGUAUAUGUCAACCCAUUCAGUGGACAGGGUAAAGCAGUAGAGAUGUACAAUGGACCAGUUCGCUCAAUGUUGGCGGAAGCUGAAGUAAAACAUAAAAUGAUUAAAACAAAAUAUGCUGGUCAUGCUAAGGAAAUGGUAAAAGAAGUAAACCUCAGUGAUUGUGAUGGCAUAAUUAUUGUUUCUGGUGAUGGCUUAGUUCAUGAGGUAAUAAAUGGUUUGAUGGAGAGGAAAGAUUGGAAGACAGCGAUAAAAACCCCAAUUGGAAUUGUUCCAGGUGGAUCCGGUAACGCCCUUGCUGCCUCAGUUAUCUAUGCCUCAACAGGCUUACACCCGGUUCCUUCUUCAACUACAUCAUCUGUCUUCCAUAUAUGUCGUGGUGCUGCGAAAGAUCUUGAUAUAAUGGCCAUUGAAACCAUCAGUCAAAACAAUCCGCUUGAAACAACGGUGACAUACGGGGUACUUGGUGUAGUGGUUGGACUUAUCGCUGACGUUGACAUCGACAGUGAACACUUGCGGAAAUUUGGGGAAGGAUUUAGGACAGCGUUAUAUGGAGUCUUGCGUGUUCUUACAUUUAGAAGUUACAAAAUAAAUGUUAGUUAUUUACCAAUGGGGAAACCACCUUCUGUUAAUUGUGAAAACAAUGAAACCACUUCACAAUCAAAGCAAUCAGUAGAACCAGCUGCAAAUAAUCGUAACUUAGCAGCUGGAGAUACCUCCCCUCCGUUACAUAAUGAUCUUCUUGCUCCUCUGAAUCAACCUCUUCCAAAGAGCUGGAGGGAGGAGACAGGAGAGUAUUUGAUGGUCAGUGGGAUCAACCUGAGCCAUCUCUCCCAGGAUGCAAUGAUUCAUAAAAAUCUCAAAUUCGGAGACGGUACAAUCCAAGUAGCAAUGAUGAGGUCUGGGAUGAACAGGCGAACUUUGAUAAAGUUGUGGGGAGCAUUGGAGGAUGGAUCAGGUAUCGUGGAUGACCCCAGUGGACACAAGGAAGUUCAACUUUGUUCAGCUUUUCGAAUCAGCCCGGAGUCGAAUCAAUGUAAGAUUACUCUGGAUGGAGAGAAAGUGCCUUUUGGUCCGCUACAAUGUCAAGUACACCAUGCACUAGGUAGAAUAUUCAGCACUGCGUAAUAACGAUACAACCAUAGCUUAAACACAUUAUACUGUACCUUUUUAUGUUAAAUGCACAAUUUAAUUAUUUUAUAAAUUAUUUCUUUAGUAGUUUUUUCAUUACAAUUUUUAAUAAAAUGUUUGAACCAUGUUUUUGUACAAAUGUUACGGUUAAGUUGUUACAUUUGGAUUCUAAUGCACCACUGAUUCCUCCUGCAUCUUAAUUUAUAUGCAAUCUGUGUAUCAUUUACUAACUUAAUGCUGAAAGGCAACCCGGUUACCAACUGUCUUUGUCAUGUUCACAACCACCACUAACAUUUAUGUAUGUUUAAAUAUUUGCCCAAAGUGUAACCAUUCUAAUUCACUUUUUCCCAUCUGUUUGUUACCAUUAUCUUGAGCUGUCAUGGAUGUGAUAAAUGCUGCUAUGAAGCUUGUCAUUGAUGAAUUGCUGCAUAUUUGAAUAAUUAAAGCUGUCACAACACAUUUGUCAACUUUAAAACAAAGCGUGGCUAUGCAGUUGUUGGGAUGUGCUUUGCAUCAUUAUUUACCAACAUUUUGUCCUCCUAUUCCUGCACCUGAAAACAUAAGAUACAAUGCCAAUAUAUAUAGAGACUGCCAACAUGUACUUCCUACAUUCCAUGAGGUUAUAAAAUAGUUGCUUCAAGCAACAGUUGUGUUUUACUGGUAUACUUAACAGUAUUAAAUGAAAUUUUAAAUUUAGUUAAAUUAUUAAAUAAACUAAUUGUGGUGAAGCGUAUUGUUGAUCUUAUUAUUGUUUGAAGUUAGAUUCCUUGUUCCUUUAACUUGUAAAUUACAUUUUCAUCAGUCAUAAAAGUUCA